AUGGAGGUUGCAAGUUUAGCUUUUGAGGCUGCUCAGAGGCAACAUAUGGAGGCCCUUCAGCAGUUGGAGGAGAACAUGGCUAGUGGUCCUAUCUACAUUCCUCAAGCUCCAUGCCCACCCCCUAAAUGGAGUUUGGAGAAUUUCCUAAAGCAUCAACCUGCCAUGUUCAAUGGGAAGACCAGUCCUAACCUAGUUGACCGUGUGACCAAUGCUCCAGCUUUGUUCAUGGACAAUAUGAACAAGAUCUUUAGGCCGUUCUUAGAAAAAUUUGGCGUGGUCUUCAUAGAUGACAUACUAAUCUAUUCCAAGACUCAUGGGGAACAUGUUGAGCAUCCGAGAAUAGUGCUUGGUAUUCUGAUGGAGAAGCAGUUGUAUGCCAAGCUGUGA